UCUCUCAGUAGAAGGCGUCACAGCGUUUGUAAACAGUCACGCGUUUCGCUGUGGAUCUAUAGUUUUUCGUGAGGAAACUCAGUGCGGUUUUGUGUAGGAAUUUGGAAGCACUUAAACCACCAAAAUGGCUAUCAGUAGGCUGUCGAUCAUUAAAUUUUUGGAACUGCUUAUUGCCGUUUGUUGCAUAGGGCUUCACUACAAGAGUCGUACAAAUGACUUCAAUGCCGAUUCCCUUUCUGUAACUGCAUUCGGAGGCUACAUCAUUAUCCUCAUAGGAGGUUUCGCAGGCUACAUAAUGAGCACACCAAUAAACAAAAGGAUCGACAUCUUCUUCAGCUUGGUUGGUUGCGCUAUCUUCGUAGCAGCCGGAGCACUCAACAUCCAUAUAUUCCAAGAUUAUGGAAAAAGCGAAUGGAAGGACUAUGGCCUCGCCAAAGCUUCCCUGUCCAUCAUCAACGGAGCCCUCUUCUUGCUCGACUCCUUGCUCACCUGGAGGGGAGACUUUUAAACGUUAAUUUUAUUUUUUAACUUCAUUUCGACGACAAAUUUUUGCACAACUUUUUACCAAACGUUUCUUUGUAUAUAGUUUACGGUCACUUGGUUUCAGCUGUCCUUUAUUUAUUUUCAAAAUGUCAACAGUGGCCUCUGUAUGUAUACCUCAUCUAAACACAAAUCAGUGUUUGUUUUCAAUGUAACUGCUAGUGUAUUAAAGGUACAAGUAUAUCCAAGAGAGCUUACGUGUAUAGAGAUUUAGAGUAGAGUAGAGAUUCAUUAAAAUACUGACUAUAAUGAAACUCUACAGUAGAUCUAGUGUCUUAACUAUUUUUAUACUAUUACUUAUUAACUUUUUUAAGUCUAUUAGAAGUUAACUUUUGUAUGCAUCGUUUACCUGAUGACCUGAAUGUUUUUAUCAAGAAGUAAUUUUAAACAAAUCUGUCUGAAUAUAAACAAUACUCUAAUAUCAUCAACAGUCGUCAGUUAAACGUUUCAAUAUUUACGAAAAUAAUACAGAUGCUGAAUAUACCUUUUAUAUACGUAUACAAAAUUAUUUUGGAACACCAUUAAUGACUAUUUUUCUAAUUCUAAUUACGAAUUAUUUAAUAAGUAUUCCUGAUCAAAAUGACCUCGGGUAAUUAGUACAACGUCAUAUUAUGCAGUGCUGACCUGAUAUUUUUGUAUAUAUUUUAUACACGGAUUUUUUAAACGUUUGUUGUAUUUUUUGUAAUUUAUUAAUGAGUGUUUUCCAUUGUCUUGAGCUUUAAAUGUUAUUAUAUUAAUGUUAAAUGUAUAAACAACACUGAAUAAAAGUCUGGUUUAAAA